AUGGCAGAACAGAUUGUAUGCUUUGUGAUCGACAAGUUAAUUCAACUACUCAUCGCCACAGAAGCAAACCUUUCGAGAAAUGCACGUACUGAAGUUGGUUUCAUCAAAGAUGAACUCGAAAGCAUCCGAUCAUUCCUCAAGGAAGCAGAUGCUAUGGCUGCAGCAGCAGAUGGAGAGACGGGGAAUGACGGUGUCAAAACUUGGGUCAAUCAAGUAAGAGAAGCAGCUUUUUACAUUGAAGAUGUCAUUGAUGAAUAUUUGCUCCGCAUCUUAUGGCAUCAUCAACACCAUGGAUUCCUUCGUUUUUUCCACAAAAUUAUCCGGUUGGCUAAAAAAAUGAGAUCAAAGGAUGGGAUAGUUUCGAAAGUUGACAGUAUAAAAAAAUUGGUUCGUGAAAUCAAGGAGAGAAGUGAAAGAUAUGGAUUCAAAUCCAUUGAUCAGCAAGGCCAGAGCAGUGGAGAAAAGACUCUACUGUCGAACGACCCUCGAGUGGCUUCCCUUUUCAUUAAGGAAGCUGAAAUUGUGGGGAUUGAAUCUGCCAGAGAUGAGCUAACUCGUUUGUUGGUAGAAGGAGCGACGAGACGUGAAGUGAUAUCAGUGGUUGGCAUGGGAGGACUUGGGAAAACCACUCUUGCCAAGAAAGUGUAUGACCAGCCGAAGGUGAUGGCACACUUUGAUUGCUAUGCUUGGAUUACAGUGUCCCAGUCGUACAGGGUUGAGGAUCUUCUGAGGACGGUAAUCAAAAAGUUCUACAGUUCAAGGAAGGAGCGUUUCCCAGAGGAAAUUGACACAAUGGAUGAGGAGUCCCUGAUUAGCACAUCGAGAGAGUAUUUGCAGCAAAAGAGGUACAUUCAUCUGCCUCCAAACAAGGCAUGGAAAUUGUUUUGUAGGAAGGCAUUUCAGUUUGAAUUGGAGGGAAAGUGUCCUGAAGAGUUGGAAGAGUUGUCUCUUAACAUCGUCAAAAGAUGCGAAGGACUACCUUUGGCAAUUGUUUCCGUAGGUGGUCUGCUGUCAACCAAAGCUAAAGUUGUGUCUGAAUGGCAGAAGUUAUACAAUAGCUUAAGUUCAGAGUUAGAAAGCAAUCCCCACCUUACAAGCCUCACAAGAAUCCUAUCCCUCAGCUAUCACCAUCUACCGUAUUACCUCAAAUCUUGUGUAUUAUACUUUGGCAUCUUUCCUGAGGAUUACUCAGUUAGUUGCAUAAGAUUAGUUCGGUUGUGGAUCGCUGAAGGCUUUGUGAAACCGAAGAUGGGCAAGACACUAGAAGAGGUUGGAGAGGAAUACUUGAUGGAGCUAAUUCACAGAAGCCUGGUUCAAGUUUCAGAAGUUUACAUUGAUGGAAAAGCUCGAGGUUGUAGAGUUCAUGAUCUAUUGCACGACGUCCUCCUUAAAAAGGGGUUGGAUUCCAGCUUCUGUCAUGUGUUAUCAAAAGGCAAGUUGACUUUUAAACCAACAACUCGACGUCUCUCAAUGGACAUCAAUCCCUCUGAGGCCUUGGAAAGCAUUACACAAUUUCAUAUUCGUUCUGUAUUUACUUUCAACCUAGAAGAAUGGCCCGAGUCUUUUCUCGAUACAUUGAGUGGAAACUUUAAACUUCUGAAAGUAUUGGAUUUCACGGCUGCUCCAAUCAAUCAACUUCCUAAAUAUGUGGGGGAUUUAUAUCUCUUGACGUACUUAAGCCUGAGGAAUACAAAGGUGAAGUUGCUUCCAGACUCCAUAGGCAAUCUACAAAACUUGGAAACCCUGGAUCUAAAAACAGUCUCUGGUGUAUGA